UCCGUAUCCAUAAUUAAGUUCAGACUGCGGGAGUUUUAAAGAUUUAUUUUUUCAAUAUUUAUAGUGUUCGAUACAACUGUAUUAAUUUGAAACCAGUUUUAGCUAAGAUACGUUUAUGCAGUUUCAGGUUUCUUGCAAUGGACACUGAAAAUGAGGAUCCAUUUAUGUCAGAAGAGGAUUUGCCUGCUACUCAAGUGGUUGAUGACAGGAUUUUGAAAGAUGUUGUUGCCUAUGCUGAGGUUAGGUCAGGCCAUGAUAACCGUACAGAGUCUGUGAGACGUGAGCUGGAACAGCUAGGAGCCACGGUUGUUAAGAAGUUUGAGGAUAAUGUCACUCAUGUUGUGCUCAGGGAGGGUAGCAAACGUACAAUCAAUAAGGCCAAGAGGAAAGGAGUGCACCUUGUCUCUGUUCUCUGGGUUGAAAAUUGUAGACUAAACCAGGAACAUGUCUCAGAGAGGAUGUAUCCAGCGAUUGUACCAAGCCUCAAGGGAACUCCGCUGCUCAGGACAAAACUUAAGAAAGCAAAGUCAAUGCAGCCAUUGGACUUUGAAGAAGAGCUUGCCAGCAGCACAGAGCGGCUUAAACGUAAACGCACACGCCUUGAGAACAUGAACAAGCUGCUGUCUAACGGAGACACCCCUCGCAACUCACCACAUAUGGAGAUUCUAGCUUUCGACACACAGCCACGCUCUCCGGAUGAGAACUAUGUGCUGACCCCCAUUCGUCUGACGAUCCCCGACACCCCUCCCAGCAUGAGGGAAUGGAAGAAAAAAGUACUGAUGGCAAGGGAAGGUCAGGAUGGAGCUGGUGGUGAUCAAGGCUCAGUGACCAGCAUGUGUGAUGAUGAAAGUGACAUUGAGAGACUAGCCAUCCUCAAACCGAUCCAGAAAACACUCUUUGAUGGAGAGGAGAGUGGUCCAGAGUCAGUGGACGACGACAUCCAUCGCUAUGCCAGCAGCAUUAACCAGACCUUGAACAAGAGCAACCAGUCAAGUCCGGACACUUCAUUACAUCUUCUUGACUCACAGGAGAUUGCUAGUGUGGUCAAAACUGGUGUGAACUGUAGGGCUUUUGGGAAUGCGGUUGAUGAUGUUGUUAAAGAGAUUGCAGAUGUUGAUAGUCUAACAGUAGGGGGUGAUGAUAAUUGUGAUGGUGAAGGAGAUGGAACUGAAAGAACUGAGGCUGGUUUGACCAAGCUGAAAGGAAAAGAAUUACUACUAAAUGAUAUUGAAACUGCAAAUAGGUCUUUAAUAGAAGACCGGGUACGAAAUUGUUAUAAUUUUGAAAAUGAUGGUUCAGAGUUUGGUAGUGAAAAGAAGCGGCAUAAUGCCCAAUUUUGUAGUACCCAAAACAAAAAACAUGUUCCUUAUAUUGAUAGUGAUGCAACUGACAUGUCUCCAAUAGUUUGUAGAGUGAAUGGUAUUGGACAUAUUGGGAAGGAACUUAAAAAUAUCUCAGAGAAAGUUCGACACAGCAGUGUAAUGAAACUGCAUAGUAAUGGACACUUUGAUGAAAUUGAAGGUUUUGGGAAUAUUUCUCCAGUGGUAGCUAGGGCGAAGGAUAAAUUUGUGCCAAAUGAAGGGAGAACUCUUUGUGACACAGGUGACCAAGAAGGUUUGUCAGAUGGUGCUGAAGUGAUACAUGAAGAGGAUAAGACUGCAGCAAAGAAAAAUCACAAAAAUGCUCGUAGGAAAACUAAAGUUGAUUUUGAUCACACAGCAGAUCAUAAUCAAAGUGGUGGAGAAUCUGGCAAACUGCAGAAAAAUAAACAGAAAAGUACAGAAACCUUAUCGGAAAACAUGAAGCCAAAUAGAAGAAAAUCGAGGAGAUUGUCCAUUAAACAAGUGAUGGAGUCUUUAAAUGAGACAGAUAGUGUUGGCAAUAUUCCGGGUGAAAAUUGUGAUAGAAGGGACAGUGGAAAUGAUUCCACAAAAAUAAGCAAAGAGAUGGAUUGCGAUAUUGAGCGUCUUAACAGUUCUGUGAAAGGACAGUUGUUGGAUGACAUCAUUCAUUCAGAUCGAGCACAUUUAUUAGCUCAAAGAGGUGAGACAAUGAAGAAAACUUUUGAAGAUGAGUCUAAAGAUAAAGAAGUGGAAGAUAAGGAGCCUAAGUUAACCAAGUAUAAAGAAAAUUUGGAAGAUCACUUGGAAGAUACUUAUGAAAAUGAUGUGAAAGCUAAAGGGCCUAAGUUUACAAAAUCUAAGUCUGCAUCAGAUUUGGCUUGUCCUGAGCCAGGUAAAAGAAACAGUAGGAGUAGAAGGAGUGUUUGUGUUAAAGGAACGGGUUUGGCUAAUGAGGAGAAAACUGUACAAAACAGUAAAGAUGGUGUAACUAAAGGAAUGCCCCAGAAAGGAAGAAAGAAAAAAUUGAUGUCCUUGACUGAUCUAUCUGACCAGCAUUCAGUGUUAGUUGAUCCAAAGAAGAGUUCUGACACUGAUACAUCACAGUUGGAGUCUUGUCAAGAAAAUACUGGAAAGGGAAGGAAAAAUAUGAUGAACAAGAAGACAGAUGCUAAUGAAACUGUGAUUAGUUGUGAAAGUGUUUAUCCUAAUGGAACUGCUCAAAAGGGUAAAAGAGGUGGCAAAAGAAAAAGUGUAGACUCUUCUGUUGAAGAGGCUGAUGAAAGUUCACCUAGUAAUGAUAAACCUAAGAGAGGUAGAAGGAAGAAGGCUAUCAAAGAUUCAAAAGCUGGGGCCAAAGAUGAUGUGGAUGAUAGUAAAUGUAAUAAAACCUCAGGGAAUAAACGAUACAGCUCAGCUAAACCUGAUCCUGGAAGAACCAACAAAGAAAAUAAAAGAAAAGAUGUUCUAGUCAAUGAUACUCAUAUUGAAGAUGAUGAGGAUAAGAGAAAAUCUGGAAACGAUUCCUUACAGCCAGGGUCUAUAACAAAAAUCCAUGAUGUAACAACACAGCUCAAUUUGACCAAGGAUAAUAGCUUGGUGUGCUCUAUUAGAGAAACAACAUUAUCCAUGUCAAUGUCAAGGGCGUAUAAUGACUCAGAUGUUUCGACACUUCUAAGAAAUCCAAGGCGGAGUGUGGAUGAGUUUAACCUGUCACGAAAACAGAAUAAGAAACAAAAAGUUGGGAAAAGAUCUGUGUUAAAUACAAUAAACGAACCUGACUCAAAUUACAGUACCGCCUCUGAGUCGGACCAUAGCGUUGGAGGAGGAAAGAGGGUUCGACUGAACAGCUCUGGGAAAGUUAUCAGACCGUCGCUCGUCAUGACUAACCUACAUUCUCAUGAGCAAGAUGUCAUCAUAUCGGUUGUGAAGAAGCUAGGUGGAUUUGUGAUAUCCGAGUCUGUGAGCGACACGACCAGCCAUGUGAUAUGUGGGGAGGCAAGACGUACACUCAAUGUGCUACAGUGCCUUGUUAGAGGGUUAUGGCUUGUCACAAAGGAAUGGGUUUUACUUUCCCUAGAGGCAGGACGAUGGAUUGAAGAACAGGAGUUUGAGGCCCAUGAAAUUUACCCAUCGUGUAGGGUGAGCAGAUUGGAGCGUGAUAGGUCGCCAGGGUUCUACCGUCAGUCCUUAUUCUCCUUAAUAGGUCCUGUAUACAUUUCUGGUAGGGCCAGUCCACCCCGCCAACACCUCGUACAGUUCUUAAAGCUUGCAGGUGGCCAGGUGACUGGGAACCGUGAGAGGGCAAGUGUGUAUGUAGGCAGUGACUUCCACCCUGGUCUCACGUGUGUAAAACCCAGCUGGAUACUUGACUCAAUCACUGCUCACCAACAACAGCCACUGGACAGAUACCUCCUGGACCGGCCGAAACGAGAGAGUAGUCCAGUCUACUAAAUAGAAGCUCAUCAUGGUUUACCAACAACAGUCAUUGGACCGCUAUCUUCUGGACCGACCGAAGCGAGAGACAUUCUAGUCUACUUAAUAGUAUUCCAUCACAGUUCACCAACAACAGCCAUUUGACAUAUACCUCCUAGACAGACCGAACAAACGAAAAGCAGCCCAGUAUACUAAGAUUAUGGAUUCUACUGGCUUAAUCUCGAACAAAGAACACUUAUCAUUAAUGGAAUUUGUGCAGAAUCUGUCAAUAGCUGACUGUCUGUUGCUUGUUUUAAAACAAAAGUGACUUCCAAUAAGAUGAUUGCUCAGAACUUUGUAAAUGUAAACCAAUAUGAUUUACUACCUCUUGCCUCAAAUCUUGUUGGACAUACAACAGAUCACAAGUGUAUCCAUUAAGCUUCCAGAGCUGUAAAGAUUUGAAAGUUAACAAUGAUGAAGUUAACAACGUAGUUAACUUUAACAAAGUUCUGUACAAUCACCGAAUUUCUCUCAAAUGGGCUUGACAAUUGUAAAUGUAUGUGAAAUUUGUGACAUUAUGUGUUUGAAUUCUUAAUGCAUGAUAUAAAAUUUUAACUCGGUCAUAAUUGCCAAAAUUUUAUAUGAAAUAAUAUACGCAUGUCAUAUGAUUUUUCUUCAUUGCUUAAUGUUAGUUGCUGUUCUUUCUAGAAAUGUUUAUUGAAUGUUUUCUUAUUUAUUAGAUUAGUAAAUUUUUAAUUCAUAAUAAACACAACAAAUUAAAUGAAUUGUGUAGGGCAUUUUUAAGGCAGCCAUGCGCAAAAUGCGUCUUUAAAGGCCUUCCACCGUGCAAAAGUGGGUUGGGGUAACGACUCUACAUUUAUAUCUUUCAAGCAUUGAUGUUUUUUUUAGGAAAAAUCUUGUUUUACAGCUGCACUCUCCAAGAUUGACAGUUUUGACUUUCUUUUAAUUCUUGUCUUAGAAUCAGCUGAUUUUCGCAUCAAUGCCUUUGAUUCAGUCAUACAAGAUUACUCACAAUAGGACAGAUCUCAAUUUGUAUGGAAAACUGCUGAAAAACUCUUUUUUUCUUAAAGCAUAAGUAACGCUUUUAGCCAUAAAACAUCAAUUUUGGAACGUAAAUAUGAAUAACAUUGUCAAUGGUUUCCAGACAUUUACGCAAAAACUGGCUCAUUCCAAGACAAAAAAAGUUCUCAAAACAGUUGAAGCUGUGAAGGUGUAGCUAUUUAAACCCACAUUCUUUGCAACAUUUUUGGCUUCAGAGCGUCUAAUCAACAUAGACCUGCGGUUUUCCUGAUACUUUUUCAAAUGCGAAAUAUAUUCAAGAAAAUAGGGAAUUAUAAUGAAUUUGUUUCAUUUUAUGGUUACAAAAAUCUUCAUACAUUUAUUGAAACGGAAUGCCAGAACUAUAAAAAGACAUCAAACUUUAUUUAAAUGAAAAAAAUAAUUGUUAAUUUAAGUUUGAAUCUAUAGUUGUACAUAAAGUGUUAGCAUGGAAAUAAUUUCAUAUUUGUGUUAUUUUUGUAUCAAUAUCUCAUUUUAAUAAGAUUUACGAAGAUUUUUUGUGUGGUUUUGAUGUACAUGAUCAUUUUCUCAGGCAUCUUUCUUUUAACAGAAUAUUGUAUGGACUAACGCAUUGUAAAGAGUAAUCAGUAUAUGAAUUGUGCCAGUA